AUGCAGCCAGCUCAGGAGGUGGCUGUGUACUUCACCCAGGGGGAGUGGGCCCUGCUGCGCCCCGCGCAGAGAGCUCUCUACAAGGAAGUCAUGCUGGAGAAUUUUGGCAACGUAGCCUCUUUGGGACCUCAGAUUGCCAAACCUGACCUCAUCUCCUGGCUAGAGGAACAGGAAGAACUGUUUCUCAUGAUCGCUGAUGAAGAGGAGGGAUUGGCAGGUGAAAAGCCAUAUAAAUGCCUGGAGUGUGGUAAAAGCUUCAGUCAGAGUAACCAUCUAGCUUCCCAUCAAAGAAUUCACACGGGGGAGAAACCAUAUAAAUGCCUGGAGUGUGGGGAAAGCUUCAGUCAUAAUGACAGUCUUACUUCCCAUCAAAGAAUUCAUACACGGGAGAAACCAUAUAGAUGCCUGGUGUGUGGGAAAAGAUUCAGUCGGCAUUCACAGCUUACAGUCCAUCAAAGAAUUCACACAGGGGAGAAACCAUAUAAAUGCCUGGAGUGUGGGAAAAACGUCAGUCAAAGAGCACAGCUUACUUCCCAUCAAAGAACUCACUCAGGGGAGAAACCAUAUAAAUGCAUGGAGUGUGGGAAAGAAUGUGGAAAAAGCUUCAGACAUCGUAACAAUCUUGCCUCCCAUGAAAGAAUUCACACUGGGGAGAAACCAUAUAGAUGCCUGGAGUGUGGAGAAAGGUUCCGUCUGAGUUCACAGUUUACAGUCCAUCAGAGAAUUCACACAGGGGAGAAACCAUAUAAAUGCCUGGAGUGUGGGAAAAGCUUCAUUCGAAGUGACAUGCUUACCUCCCAUCAAAGAAUUCACACAGGGGAAAAAUCAUAUGGAUGCCUGGAGUGUGGGAAAAGAUUCCUUCGGAGUUCGUACCUUAGAGUCCAUCAAAGAAUUCACACAGGUGACAAACCAUAUAAAUGCCCUGUGUGUGGGAAAAGCUUCAGUCAUAACAUUCUUGCUUCCCAUCAAAGAAUUCACACUGGUGAGAAGCCACAUAAAUGCCUGGAGUGUGGUAAAAGAUUCUGUCGGAGUGACACCCUUACUUCCCAUCAAAGAAUUCAUAUGGGCGAGAAGCCAUAUAUAUGCCAGGAGUGUGGGAAAAGAUUUAGUCAGAGUUCACAGCUUACAGUCCAUCAAAGAAUUCACAGAGGGGAGAAACCAUAUAAAUGCCAGGAGUGUGGGAAAAGAUUUGGUCAGAGUUCACAGCUUAUAGUCCAUCAAAGAAUUCAC